CUCCCCCUCUCGCAAAGGUCGCGGCAAAGCCCCACCUCCCCUCACUCCAAUCGGCUGGCAACCAACGACAGCGGCGGCGAUGGCGCAGAGCGGCGGCGGCCGCUCGACAGAUUUGUACUACUGCGACUGCCCCUUCUCUCUGCUGGCGCCCCCGCACCCGGCGCCGGCGGGGGACGACUCCUCCUCGGGCUCGUCGUCGGACAUGGAGGACCCGCCGCUCGAGCUCCCUGCCGCGGACCCGGCGCGCGGAGGCGGAACUCCUCCGUUCACGCACGCCGUGCCUCCUCCGCUCGAGCUCCCGGCCGCGCACCCGGCGCGCGGAGGCGGAGCUCCUCCGUUCACGCGCGCCGUGCCUCCUCCGCUCAUACGGGUGCCCGGCGCCGGCCCCCGGGGCCGGUUCGACCUCGACCCGCGCCGUUUCCGCUGCCAACUCGGGGUUAGCGUUGGCGGGGGGCUGCCCGGCCGCCGACAGGCUGGUGACGGCGAGCGCGAACGGAGCGGCGUCGCUCUCCCGGGAGAGAUCUACAAUGCGCUCAAGGCUAUCCGACCCCGCCUGGCCCGUGCCGACCUGCUGCGAGCCUACAGCGCGCUCGUCCGCGACGACCGCAAGUUCAGGUCUCUGAUGGCGCUGCCCGAGGACAUGAGGAAGGAGUGGCUGCUCAUGGAGGUCGCCGAGCGGAGGCCGUGAAGCCCUGCUGGUUGCUGCCUCUUCUCUGCGCGUGGAGCUCCGAUCGAGCUCCGAGCUCGUAGCUGACAGCAUGCGUGGCUACUGGCUAGUACCGUCCACUGCUGUGUGCUUGACUAGUAGUAGCUUAUGGUAGCCAAGUUAGGCAUCAGUUUAACUUCAGUAGUUGUAGUAUUAGUGCCCUAUUACUUUUGUUGGACCAUGUAAUGUAGCAGCGUCGUAAUGUGGUGUGAAUUGUUCUCUCGAAAUGUAGUCAUGUUUGCCUGUGAGCAAAUGUUGUGACGGGAGUUCUUGGCGCACACAGACAUCUUGCAGUCAGACUCGUAGCUGCAGUUGUGGUGAUCGCAACAUUUCUGUUGGACAGUGUAAUGCAAUGUCCAUGAUGUUGCCGGAA